CAAAUGAGUCAUCUCAUCGCUGAAACGCAGUGUUUUGUUCACUUGCUCGCUGACUGUGCAGAUGUGCGUAUGAAUACUAUCUACACCUUUGAUUGUACCUCUGUGGCCCUUCCUUUUCUCUACUAAUACACCAUAGAAAGCUAAUCACCUGUCUCUUCAUUAUUGGUGCUCUGACCGGCACCCAGGGGGGUUUACUCAUCCAUUACCUGAUCAGAACCUAACAGUCCCAAAGUCUCUAUAACAAAUUGGUCCUUCGAGCCGGAUGAGUAUUCCCUUCUGACAUGAUGGAUCCUGAUGAGGAGAUUAUUGCUGGUGUUCGUCCUAAACGCCAUACUCGUCCUCCAGCUUACCUACAGCAGUAUGAAGAACAGUAUAGCCGAGGCAGACCUGUCGCUGAGUAUGAUGUCCCACACCCCUGGGAGGCACCUGUCCACCGGACUCCCCCCCCAUCCUUCCAGCCUUACGCCACUCCCCCUGGUGGUUACCUGGUCUGUUCUGAUGGCUCUCGGAUGUCCUCAAAUUAUCAGCCUCCACAGCAUGCUGAAUUCCAUCAGCCAUCCUUCUCCUCGCCUCAAGCGGCUGGUUUCAUUUCCUCUGCACACGACAGUGAACUACAGCACCUGCGUCAUGAGCAUGCACAAUUAAUGCAGACUCAUCAGGCUUUUCAGGCAGACCUGAGGGAGCUGAGAGAUGUCCGUUCGGAAGUCAGAGAAUUAGUUCAAGUUGCUCUGUCCCUUCGAGCUGACCUUCAAACCAGUCAAACGAGUGAAACCAGAGGUCAGAAUCUCUCACCUGCACAGCCACCGGUGUUGCAGUUAUCCAGUCCUCCUGUGAGGCGGUAUGAAUCCACACCUUUAGCGGAGAAUGAAAAUUUUGCUGAUCUUCCCUUACCGCCAUGGCCUGAGCCUGACGUUGACUUGAUGAACCAGGUGGGUGACCUUGCACUCUCCGACAUGGGUGUCACUGUUUACCAACCGGUGAUACCAGAGACUAGAAAGUAUUCCUUUGUGUUUCCGGCUAAGAGACUAGAAAGUAUUCCUUUGUGUUUCCGGCUAAUGAAACACGCCCUCCUCAGCAUUAUGCUCCUGACACUUGUGGGCUUCCCCCACCUCCUACCCCUAAAGAGCUUCGAGAGUUCCUCACAUCUGCGGCCAUGCCCUUACCUGCUAACCGCACGACCUUGCCUGUUUCUCCGCGAUUCAGUUCGGUACCUUCUCAUUCGAAUCCUCCAGCCUUUGCACCAAAGGCAGAGCCCGGUCUACGUCCUGUAG